GUUUGUGUGAGAGGACAGACCUCCGGUUGGCGGAAACUGUCGUGUUCCAGUGAGUGCAGAUCUCGUCCUAUCGCAACGAUGGCAUCGUCGAGCUCUUCCGGGCAAAUGACUCAUCCACAGGUGAGAGCAGAACAGCACACGACCACACAGCACAGACGCGCACGGCUGAUCUGUCCCGCAGGCGGCUGUCGGUGCAUCGCCGUGUCGGUAUCGUGUGGGCAGCCGCGUGCUGAUGGUGUCGGAGCGGAGAAGGGACGACAAGUUCCAGUGGGUGGAGGCCGAGGUGUCCAAGCUGGAGCCGACUGCGGGCGGGACGAGGGUGUGCAUCCGGGAGGUGGGUGGGAUGGAUGAGGAGUUUGAGCCGGUCGUGAUGCCCCACACGACGGCAGCAUUCCAACGACUCCCUGACAUAUACGCGGUUGGCGCACACACAGGACAGGCACGGAGAGAGGCGGUAGAAUGGGAGCUGUGUGGCAUCAAGGUGCACACACAUCCUUGUGUGCGUGAGACUGUGUGUGUUAUCAGGGAGGCGAUGGGUUCCAUUACUUCGACCACGUUCCCCCGACGCAUCACCACGUCCCUGGGCAGAGCGUGGAUGAGGUAGGCCUAUCAUGCAGAGAAGCGGAAGUGACAUCUGACAGAUAAUGUGCCAUUUUUUCCCUGUGUGUUCAGCUUGAUGCGGAGCGUUUCUGUGUGGACCUGAGCAUCAAGCAGCGCGAUGCCGAGGACCCGAUGUCCUUCCUGCUCCUGCCGCCCUCCUUUAUGCCCCCCCUCCCCACCGACAUCAUCGCCACCACACUCCUCCCCCUGUGUGGCGGGCGGGAGACCCUCGCACUCAAGCUCAAGAGCACCCUCUGCUGCACAUCCACUGGAGUCGGCGACAACAUCGGCUCCGCUGCGGUGUCGGCCAUCGACAGCAUCAUCGAGAAGAACGGCCUCACGGGAGCCAUCGGCUACGCCCCGCUGCGUCGGCACCUUCCGCCCCAGUUGGGGCAGUCGAUGGAUGUGUGUCGGCCAUUCCAAUUGAUCCGCUUGCACUACCUGAUGGUGACGGGGGGCGACUGGCAGGGCAGCGUGCCGGUGCUGCGAUUCGCCAAGAGCUGUGGACGAGUGCAGCAGCUGCCCAUCGAGCUGACGGGUGACGACCUGCGGCACGUGGGCAGCAAGGCCGUCAUCGACAGCCGGCCGCCCAGCAUGAGGCAAUACGCCCUCUACAGCAACCGACUGGGCAAUUGGAUGCACGACAUGCUGCUGACGCGCACAGCUGACAGGACGGACAGGGUGGACGGGCGUGAGGUGACGGUGCACACACGGCAGACGGUGCCGGCCGAGUAUGCGGAUCGAUUCGAUCCAGACGAUCCCCCGUGCCGAGGUGAGAGAUGGGAGGGCAAACCACCACAGGAGAGCCAACUUGGCAUGGAUGGUGUCUGCCGCUGUGUGUCUGUGUGUCUGCAGACGGUGGUUUCGAGUAUGGAAGCUUUAGAGGACGGAUCAUCAACAGGUAUGCAGCGACUGACAUGAGAGAACACACCACAGCAAUGUGUCGUGUUCGUUGCCUUUUCGCUUCCUGCUAUUUCAGUUUGGCAUUGUCGUCGUCGUCGUCGUGUUAUGUGUCGGGUCAGUCCUACAGUCCGCCCUCUGCUGGGUGUGACAGCAUCGGUGCCCUGAUGGCCCAGGAGCCGCCCCUGUGGGACGGCUGCCGCACCAUCGACUACAACGCGCCUCAUCGCGAUUCGUCAUACUGUGUGGCGACAGGGAGGGUGACGACUUCGCGGCAUACAUCCAGAUGCACAAGUGGCCUAGUGAGUGGGCACACAUCUCCCUCUACACCAGCGAGGAGCGCCGGCAGGGCGACAGGGGCCCUGCUGCCAGCCCCCGGACAGUCGACAUCGCCCACAACAAGAUGGACCGCCCCUCCCUGGCGCUGCUGCCGGCCAUCUGACGGAGGUCGGAUGACACGACGGGGGAGGAGGGUAUCGGUGCAAUCUUGGUGUAUGUCUGCUCUCCCCUCCCUCUCCUUGUUUUCUGUGCGUCAGGCACCACACCAUCUGUCUGUGCUGAGAGGCGUCGCGAGCCGGCUGUUCGACGUGGGGGCGGUCGCUGUCUGUCGACCGACUGGAAGGGUAGUGGGGGUGGCGAGCUGAGUUGGCGAUGGGUUGACAGAUGGAUCAGUACAGACUUUGAUGGAUGGAUUGAUAGCUGAUGCGUGUGUG